AUGCUAACUCAGUCGUCGCUUUUGAAAUCUGCCCAAUCUUUGAAGCCUUUAUUUGACAGAGUUCUCGUGCAGAGACUCAAGCCUGCCACUCAAACUGCAUCGGGAAUUUACAUUCCAGAAAAAAACCAGGAAAAGUUGAACCAAGCUACCGUCAUUGCUGCUGGUCCCGGUAUCACUAACACCACCACUGGACAAGUGAUUCCUACUUCGGUGAAGGCUGGAGACAAGGUGUUGUUGCCAUCUUUCGGAGGUAACCCAGUCAAGAUUGGUGAGGAUGAGUACUUGUUGUAUACCGACAAGGAGAUCUUGGCUAAGAUCGAGGAGUAA